AUGUCAAAGCGUGCAAAAACGGGGAUGGGAGCAACUUCCUCUAAAGGAGGGUCGAAGGGAAAAUCCAAGGAUCUCUCGUUUCGUUUGUUGAAUCGCGAGGAUCGUAAAACUUAUGAUUUUCUCGUUUCAAAUAAGCGUCAAGUCAAGUCAACAAAAUUCCUCCAUAGGGAAUCUUUUGCUAGAGUUGGGGUGCUCGAUGGAGUCCAAGCGUUAUUUAACAACAUCGGGUGGGGUCAAUUCCUCUAUAACCGUGCCGCCACCUAUGUUGAACCCACCUUGGAAUUUCUUGCCACAUUCAAUCCCGAGGAGGAAGCCGAAACUGUCACCUUCCAAAUGCUCGGUGAGAAACGAUCCCUGCCACAUCGGGUCUUGAAUGCCCUGAUGGGCACUCCAGUGGACAACCUAUAUUACCAACAAGACCUAUGGCCCGGAAACUUCAAUGAGCAUCACUUUUGGCACCAAAUUACCAACGAGCCACAAUAUUCAUCGUCUUCGUCAAAGCCCUCCUCCAUAAUCCACCCAUGUUUGUGCCUAGCGCAUAGAGUUCUCACAUGCACCAUUUUCGCCCGCUCCGAAGAUACAUUUUUCAUUGGGGGAUUAAUCACCCUCAUUGCAUCUCAGCCACCGCUUCAACUUCAUCUCUCUACUCUUCCAUUCGAGAAGGCUUCCGGCCCCUCUAGUAUUGAAGGCAACGCACUUCGCCAAAUGCAACUCAUCCGGGAUUCGGUUGUCGGUCCCAUGUGGAUCCUUGACAACCAACCAUACCUCAUUCUCCCCCAUGAGUAUAUAGGGAGUUUUGAGCCGACCGAUCCCGAUCAAUGGAUCAUUCCAUCAGACUACCCUCCACCUGUAGAUGAUGAGGAUGACCAGUUUCAGCCUACAAGCACUUCGUCGAGCCUCAGUUUCAGCCGCAGCAGCAAAGGGGACACGAAGUCCCACCAUAUUUCCCCCUACGUUCUUUGA